GGCCCGGGCCGGCCCUUGAUAUGGAUAACGUGAAGGAUGAAAAAAGUAGGACACUCUGUACAGCUUCACAAGAAGAGCUGAAAGUCCAAGGAAAAGAAAAAAGGAAACGAAAACGCAGUAGAAGCAGAUCAUCAUCCAUUUCAUCCACAUCGUCUUCUAGCACUACAUCCACUUCUUCCUCCUCAUCACGCUCAUCAUCAAGGUCAUCUUCAAGUAGCAGAGAUUCUCCUAAGUCUAAAUCAAAAAAAAAGAAAAAAGAAAAACACAACAAAAAGAAAAGGAAAAAAGAGAACAAAAUGAAGAAAAAGAAAGAAAAGAAGAAAAAGAAAGAGAAAACAGGACCUGUCCAGCUUUCCAAGUUCUUUAAAAACAAAAAGAAGAAUGAAAACUACAGCAUGAUAACUGGAAAGAAAAUUAAGAUGAAAAUAAAGAAGACUAAGAAGGAUAAAGAGAGAGACCGGAACCGUGCAGAACUCCUUGAAUUUCUCAACUCUGCCUUAUAAUGGGAAGAGUGCUGACCAAGGACUUGUAAAUACACCAAGCCAACAAUCAUCAUGCCUAGCAAAACACUAAAGGGAAACUCAGGGAAAAGGACGCUAAGUUUGACAAGACCAGAUUCUCCUGCUGAGAAGACAAUCGGGAUGCCCUUUUUAAUGGCAAAAUGAAGAGUAACUGAUAACUUGUUAAUGUCCUCCUUUUGAGAUCCUAAGGUAAUAGCCAGGCUGUGGUGUUUUAGAAGAGCCUAAGAGUGUGUCAUUGACAAUGAUAAGAAAUGACACACUGAAGUCCAAUAACGUAAUUUCUAUCCUAACUGCAUGCAGAACGCACUCUUAAUUUCAAAUGUCUUAAUGUUUCUAGUAGUUCAAGCAGAGUAUGUGUAAAUGUCUAUUUGAAAGAUGAGGCAUUUGUAUAUGUAUAUUUUUUCCAGUAGUGGUUUUACUUGUCCUUUGUAAAUAGAACAUGCUUUUACAGAAAUGAUUUUUUGACAGUUCAUUCACUAACGCAUUAUUUUCUUUCAGAGUUUGAGAUAUGAUCUUCUUCUUCUGGACAGUUUAUUGCUCUCUCUCUCACUAGGAAGUGUAACAGUAAAAUACUCUAGAGCAAUAAUG